CUGGAGCUCGGGGUGUGGCCAGAUCAAUUCAAGCGUGCGGUCUCAGUUGUCAUCCCCAAGCCAUACAAGGAUGACUACUCCAAGAUCAAGUCAUAUCGCCCCAUUGUCUUGCUCAGCACACUCGGCAAACUCAUGGAGAAGGUUCUCAGCGAACGCCUCCAUUAUGAGUGCCAGAAAUUCGGCAUUUUGCACCCUAAUCAG